UUUUCCACCUUUUCGAGGACCGUCGCAGAGUGAACCUGGUGUGUUAGUUCGGUCUGCGAAGCCGCCCCAGGAACCGAAGCUCUCCUGUCCUCGCCUUUUCCAUUCCCGUUUGUAACCAACCAAUAAAGGCCGUUAGUACCAUUGUAGGCUUCGUGGAAGGGCGGGCAACAUUUCGAAGAAGGUUCUCUGGCUGAUCUUGCCGGCACUUCUGAAUGGCGGCGAUGCGCCGAAUCCUCCGCUGGGCGACCCUGGCCGCUGGGACGCGCCGCGAUUUGGCGGGUUCCCUGGCCGGUAGCUGCCUGGCGGACCGCUGCCUCUGGGAUAAGCUUCACGCCCAGCCCCGUCUGGGCAGAGUUCCCACCUUCGACUGGUUCUUUGGGUACGAGGAAAUUCAGGGGCUCCUAUUGCCACUGUUGCAGGGGUCCCAGGCUGCCUGUCCACUGCGAGUUUUAGACGUGGGCUGUGGGACUUCCAACCUGUGUACAGGCCUCUACACCAAGUGCCCACACCCCGUGGACGUACUGGGGGUGGACUUCUCUCCUGUGGCUGUGUCCCACAUGAACAGCGUCCUGGAAGGUGGUCAAACACCUCUGUGCCCUGCUCACCCUGCCUCCCGCCUCCACUUCAUGCAGGCUGAUGCUCAGAACCUGGAGCCAGUGGCUUCCUCAGGCUCCUUCCAGCUAGUACUGGACAAGGGCACCUGGGAUGCCGUUGCUAGAGGUGGUCUGCCUGGGGCUUACCAGGUGCUGUCAGAAUGCCUGAGGGUCCUAUGCCCCCAGGGGACCUUGAUUCAGUUUUCAGAUGAGGACCCAGAUGUGCGGCUUCCCUGCUUGGAGCAAAGAUCCCAAGGCUGGACUGUGACUGUACAGGAGAUAGGCCCUUUCAGGGGCAUCACCUACUUUGCUUACUUGGUUCAAGGCUCCCAAUAAAGACUUUUGUCUCAACCCUACAAUUUUUGUUGGGUGAGGAGAGGUGGAGAGACCUUUGCCUUUGCAAGAUGGCUGGAAAAGGAGAAUUUCAGUCCUGGCUUCCACGUUUCCUAGGUGGGUGCACAAAGUAUUAACGGUUUCUGUGCCCGGUUUACUCAUCAGCAAGGUAGGAAUGAUACACCUGGAGUUAUGGAUUAUAUACAAUGAUAGCUGAAACAUUGAGCAGGCCCAGGCCCAAAAUGAGUGCUGAAUAGAGAAGAUCCAGGUGGAUCAUUCCCCACUCCCAGCUAACUGGAACUUCUAGAAGCAGCAGUUAAGAAUUGUUAAUCAGAACCCAGUGGCCAAGCCUCAUCACAUUUUCCUCUCCUGUGAAUAGGAGGAAGUUGUGAAAGGAUAGGUAAAAUUGCUCUAUAAAGAAACCUAGCUAAAAUGUUAAAGGAGAGAGAACAAACAAUAACUUACCCUCAAAGCUCCUGGGAGGAGGGAGGUGGGGGUAUUCCACAUAGUGGCUUCUGCAGACACGGAAGCCCGUGGGGUCCCAGGGAGGACAGGGACUGGGUGCUUCCUCACACUCUGUAUCCUCGGGAAUCCAGGAGGCGUCUUGCUCUACCUGUUCCUGCCCCCAGCUGAGUUGGGGGUUAACAGUUCUUAAGGGAGAUCUGGGGUCCAGUGGGCUCCAUGUCCAGCCUGGAGGGACACGGGGGAAGGGAGUUAAAGAGCCCAUUGACAAUGAAAAAUAUUUCUGUCCAUUGAAUUUUUUUAAAUAAAAUGAGCUUGUGAUGCUUGUUUCACUUCA